AUGGUUAACGCUAUUGCUACUGAACAAGAAUUCGAAGAAGCUUUAACUCACAGCGGUUUAGUCGUUGUUGAUUUCUUUGCCACUUGGUGUGGUCCAUGUAAAGUCAUUGCUCCAAUGUUAGACAAAUUCUCCAAAGAAUAUGAAUCAGCUAAAUUCAUCAAAGUUGAUGUUGAUCAAUUUGGUGCUAUUGCUCAAAAAUACGAAAUUUCAUCAAUGCCAACUAUCUUAUACUUCAAAGGAGGUGAAGUUGUUGACAAAGUUAUUGGUGCUAACCCAGCUGGUAUUAAACAAACUAUUGCUAAAAAUGUUUAG